CCAAUCCACUAAAUAAAAGUCCUUACCGGUGUGACAGCAACACUGUAGACCUUCUGUGGAGGGGGAAUUAUUCAAUCAGCCGCACUCUUCAUCCACAAAACUAAAACAACUUUAUUCAGAGGAAUACCUGUAUUUUAAAUCGUGCAGUAUUUAAUUAACUAUGGCUGCUUACAAACUAGUGUUGAUUCGCCACGGAGAGAGCAGCUGGAACCAGGAGAAUCGGUUCUGCGGCUGGUUCGAUGCGGAUUUGAGCGAAACCGGAGUUAAAGAGGCGAAGAGAGGUGGACAGGCCCUGAAAGAUGCUGACUUUGAGUUUGAUAUAUGCUACACCUCUGUGUUAAAGCGGGCCACCAGGACUCUGUGGCUGGUUCUGGACAGUAUAGACCAAAUGUGGGUUCCAGUGCAUCGGACCUGGCGUCUCAAUGAGCGCCACUAUGGAGGCCUGACAGGGCUCAACAAAGCAGAGACAGCUGCAAAGCACGGAGAGGCCCAGGUGAAGAUCUGGAGGCGCUCAUUUGACAUUCCUCCUCCCUCCAUGGGCCCUGACCAUGACUACUACACUAUCAUCAGCAAGGAUCGUCGCUAUUCAGACCUGACAGAGGACCAGCUCCCUUCCUGUGAGAGCCUUAAGGACACCAUCGCCCGGGCUCUGCCUUUCUGGAAUAAUGAGAUUGCCCCUCAGAUUAAACGGGGGAAGAGGGUGCUCAUCGCUGCCCAUGGGAACAGUCUGAGGGGGAUUGUGAAGCACCUUGAGGGAAUGUCGGAUGAGGCCAUCAUGGAGCUGAACUUGCCAACAGGCAUCCCCAUCCUCUACGAGCUCGACAAGAACCUGAAGCCCUUGAAGCCGAUGCAGUUCUUGGGAGACGAGGAGACUGUGCGCAAAGCCAUGGAGGCUGUGGCUGCUCAGGGGAAGGCCAAGAAGUGAAGUUAGAGAAAAGAUCUCUCUGUUUACAGCAGCUGAGAUUUCUGUCACAACCGGCCUCAGAUUAGUGUUUCCCUAAAACCCUAAUUUAUUUUGGAUUGUAAUGGAUAAUACACUGUAGAUUGUUGUCAAAGGCAAUCUGACUCUACUCGCUCAGUAAAGGGAUAACAUGUGGUGAAUUGUUGGGCUAUAGAAAGAGCAAAGGAGCUCUCAAGAGAUUGCAAACCAUUUGUGACAACCAGAAGAUAGCAUUUAAAAGAAAACCUAAUUUUGCUGAUAAAUGCAGUUUUAUUUUGUGCACUUGAAUAUCUGUUGAUAAUUAACACACAGUCCUUUAACAGCCCCUGAUUCUUUUUCUUUACAAAGACAAAGGUCUGUAGCUACUGCGUCUUAGGCUGAGCUGUCACAUUUCUGAGUAAAAUAGUCAAGACGGAAAUUAUAGACUCAGGAGUGAAAUCUUUGCUGCAGCUUCACCGUCAUAAAUGAAGAUAAAUUUGGCUACAGUUUGUGCUUUGAAGAUUCAUGCACAUCUGAAGUUAAUGACACUAUAAAGAUAAUAAUGAAGAAAUAGGUAGAGACCUGACUCUGCCGCUAGUAACCUGUAUGCCCAUACUCAUACAGUUAAUCUAUGUGAGAUACCAUUCAUAGGUGGUAAUACCUGUUUUUGUUUUAUCAUGCUGACUUAAUUUUUACUUGACCUAGACAGUUUGUAGUUACUGGAAGACCGGCGUAUAGUAUAUAGAGAAUAUUCUGACCUAUUAUUUUGAUCAGCAGCCAAGGUUUUAUCAGGUUUUAUAUGGAACAUUUUUAACCUUAAAGGGACCACUGCAAACAGUGAACUAUCUCUGUUUUCAAUUCACCUUUACGAUGCAUUCCACCGAUGAAAGGAUGUAUUUUUGCAAUCUCUUGAGAGCAGAAAACAACUCAUUUAACAGCUGAACACCUUUUCUCUUACCUUCUCUGUCUGAGUGAUACUUGUGCAGUUUCCUUGAAUGUUAUAUUGAUGUUUGUGUUGUGUCCGACAAUCUGUACUUGUGUCUUUGACUUAAAACCUGUUUAUUCCACAGUGCCAAACAACUUGCUGCCACAACUGCCAUUAAGAAGUGUUAAAUCCACUUGGAUGAGGAUUAUAGCCCCACAGUUUCACGGUACCACUGUGACAGGUUGAUGAGUGAAGAUGUUUGAGUUGGACCAUUAUCAAUGACUUUUUGUUUGCAUUCCUUUGGUAUGUCUUUGUGUCCUUGUGAAAUAGUGUUUAUGUGCCUCCUGGUGCUCUUCUCAAAGCAAAUGCCUCUUUUCAAAUAAUUCCUGUGUGUUGGUCCGCUGUACCCUGAAUGCCCUGGGGCAAUAAAUGUAAAACUAUGUAAAAAAUUGGA